UUGAGAAGUUGAAUGCAUGAUACAGUUUGGACACAGAAUUCCCUGAAAAUGCCCGAGCCAAGACCUCGCGCCCCGCCCUGUGGUUGAGCAUGUGAGGGCGAGCGGAGCAUGAGCCCAGCGCUCUCGUGUACCCGCGGCUGCGAGACCCUGCGAGCGUAGAGAGGGAGGCGGAGCCAAGACAGCGUGGGCGUACAGACAGCGUGGGCGUGAGGGCAAGAAGCCAGAGGCGGCGGUAGCAAGGCUGGUGAUGGUGAGGGCGGCGAGGGAAAGGCCCUGGGGCAUGGGCGGGCCGCCGCGCCACACGUGAGGGAGUUGCCCUGCCCGUGAGCGGUUCGAGGACGCCCCCGCGCCGCGCUCUGGCCACGCCCCUGGCCCCGCCCCUGGCCACGCCCCCUGCCGCCAUGCUGAAGCAGCCCGGGGGCACAGACGCCGCCAUGUGCGUCCCCGACGAGCGCCCCCGCAAGAAGCUGUCCUUCCGCGAGCCCGAGGUCGUCGCGCCCUCCAGGAACGGCGGCCACGCCCACGGCGCCUCCCUCAGGCACCCGCCCCCGAGCCCCGCGCACUCGGCCCUGCACGCCCCGCACCACUCGCACCACGCCCUCCGCCACAGCAUCGGCCGCCCGCACAGUAUCGCGGGCAUCGUGGGAUUGGGCGGCCUGAGCGCCCUGGGCGGCGUGCCGGGCGUGGCCAACCCCGGGCCGGUCGGGCGCAGUGCGUCACCUCGCCCGGCGCCGCCAGCGUCUCGGGCGUCACGGCCAUGCUGGGCAACCCCGGCCUGCUCGGCCCGCCCUGCGUGCCCGGCGUGCUGCCCGGCCCCGCCACGCCCAUCCUCACCCCGCCACCAGCCCCACCCACGCCCGCGCCGCCCCGGCCAAGGGCGGGCCUGGCGCCCAGCCGGCGACAGCCAGUGGCAAGUCGGCGGCGCCCUCGCUCCCCUCCGCGGCGCCGGCGAAGGCCGCUCCCCCGCCCGCGCCCACCAAGCCCGGCGGCACUCCGCCCGCCGCCCCAGCGCUGAGGAUGUCGGCCGCUCAGCCUCCCACGCCCCCGGGAAGGCGGCUCCCAGCCCGCUGGCCACGCCCACGCCCAAGACACCUGUCAGCCCCGGUUCCUCCAAGGGCGGCGCAUCGCAGCAGGCGGCGCCCUUGGGCAAGGCGCUGCCCCCGACCGGCAGCCGGCCGCCGGGCCAGGCGAAGCCCACCAAGCCGGCCUCCAGAAACAGCUCCCUCAAGAAGCAGAGGCCGUCGCCGCUGGCGGGCGUGCAGCAGGCCGUCGCCUUCCUCACGGAGCGCGGCCUCACCAACGGCCGCCCGCGCUCCGUCCACGGCGACGCCGCCUCGCCCGCCGCCGCCGCCGUCAGCCUCGAGGACAUCGACUUGGAGAGUCAGGCCAUGAGAAUAGUGAGAACAGUCGGCCAGGCGUUCGAGGUGUGCCACAAGAUCUCCGUCAAGGACACGCCUCCUUCGCCCGAGCCAGCCGAAGACGAGGCCAGCGAGCACGGAUCCGAACUGUCAACAGAUAAGCCUAGGAAAGAUUUGCUAGACACGGAGAGCGGGCAGGAGGACCUGGUCACCCUCACGCCCUCGGACACCGUCAACGAGGACUCCGUAGAGCUCCUGCCGCAGCGACCCAACAAGCUAGAGCCUCUCGCGCCUCCGGUGGGAUCAGACAUCCUCUCAAAGAGUGUGGGCGAGACCUACGCCUCCCCCCUGAGCGAGCCCCUGCCCUCGGGUGACACUCUACCGCAGGCGGGCACACCGCUGUCUGUGCAUCACGAACUACAACUGAUGCGGGAACAGCUGGAACAGCAGCAACAGCAGACGCAGGCGGCUGUGGCGCAGGUGCAUCUCCUCCGGGAUCAGCUCGCGGCGGAAACUGCUGCGAGACUUGAAGCUCAGGCCCGCACACACCAGCUCCUCGUCCACAACAAGGAGCUGCUCGAGCACAUCCAGGCGCUGGUGCUGCAGGUGCGGGACCUCGAGGUGAAGCUGUCCGGCCAGCAGAGCGCCACGAUGCCCUCCACGCAGCUGCUCCCGACGCCGCCGGAGCUAAAGGCACAGCUCUUGGUGCCCGGCGCCAGCCCUGGCCACACCAGCCAGCUGGCGGCGGCGUUGGACCUCGGCGGCGCCGCCCCGCUCUUCCGCCCCCCGGAACCCCCGCCCACGCCCUCGCCCGGCUUGGCCCAGCAGUCGUUCCUCUUCCCCUCACCCACCUCCCCAACCAACUCCGCCCCCUCCCUCCUGGGGACGCUGCAGCUGCCGAUCCUGGCGCAGGACCCCAGCUCGGCCCCCCACUCCCGCGAGCCCUCCCCCCGCGUCCCCUCUCAGGGGCCGCUCAUCCACCCCCUCCCCGUUUGGGCCACCGAGGGCGGCCGCGGCGGGGAGGUAACUCUGGCUGUGCCCCGACAGGACCCCCUCUCCGCCCCCAAGCUGCAAGGGCUGCCCCGGCCCCGCGGCGCGCAGCGCUACGAGGACUGCAGUAGCACGCCCUCCCUCAGCAGCGAGAGCGACCCCAAGCGCGACAGCAGCGGCCAGUCGUCGGGCGAGAGUGUGACGCAGGCCGUGGCGCAGCUGUACGCCCUGGAACCGCAGCGGCUGGCGCAGGUGCCGGAGGACGCCGUGACGCUGGGCCCGUACGGGCCGACGCCGCUCGGGACGCCGCGCAACCUCAACGGGCCCAUCACCCGCACCGCCAGCGAGCGCGUCUCGCGACAGGAGACCCUGGCGCAGCUGCAGCGCAUGGCGUGGGCGCGACACACCACCAAGUGAGGCCGCCGCGAGGAGCCUCAAGGGACGGUCUGCUCGGCCCGGUCAAGAACGCAAUCAACUCUUCCGUCGCUCCAUCCCUGAAUAAUCAAAACAAAACAGACAAGUGCUGUGAAUAGAAAAAAAAAUCGCAGAAUAGUAAAAAAAAAAAAAAAAAAAAAAAAAAAAA